AUUUUAUAUGUUUUAGAGGUAGAAGGAUUUUGGAAAUUAGCCAACAAAUUAUGUACCAGGUAGAGGAAGAGGUGCAGUUGGAUUUAUUACAAGAAGUGAUAUUGGACCAGCAAAAGUAGAUAUAGGAAUAGAGUAAGAUGAUGAUCAAAAUGAUUAUAAUGAUGCAAAAUAUGAUGAAUGGAAUGGAUAUUCAAUUCCUUUAUUUAAUAUAGGAGAUUAUGAUGAUGAAGAUAGAGAGGCAGAUCUUACAUAUAAUAGUGUAGAUAGAAAAAUGGAAGAAAGAAGAUUAAAAAGAUUACCAAAUAAUUUACCUGAGAAACCAUCUAUAGUUAAUUAAUUUAGUGAUUUAAAAAGAGAAUUAGCCAAAGUUGGAAUAGAUGAAUGGUUAUCUAUUCCUGAUAUUGGAGAUUAUUCAAUAAAAAAAAAGAAGCAAGAUAAAAUAACACCUGUUCCUGAUUCGGUUAUAAUGUCAGCUUAACUUUAAGAAAAGAAUUUAUAAACAAAAGCACAUGAUUUAAAUGAAAUAGGUGAAGCAAGAGGAGCAUUAUUAUCUUUAAAACUUGAUAAGAUUAGUGAUAAUGUAUCUGGAUAAAGUGUUGUAGAUAAAAGAGGAUAUUUAACAAGUUUAGCUUCAUUACCUCAUUUAAGUGAAAAUGAAAUUGGAGAUUUUAAGAAAGCUAGAUUAUUAUUAAAAAGUGUAAUUUAAACAGAUCCUAAAAAUUCUUUUGGAUGGAUAGCAGCAGCUAGAAUAGAAGAACUUGAUGGAAAACUUCCAGCAGCUAGAUCUAUAUUAGCAUAAGGAUUAUAAUAGGCAGAAGAUUAAGAAGAUAUUUGGAUUGAAUUAUCAAGAUUAGAAACACCUGAAAAGGCUAAAUUGAUAUUAAAUAAAGCAAUCUAAACAUUACCACAUAGUGUAAAAAUAUGGUUAAAUGCUGUUAAUAAAGAAUAAGAAACAUAAGCUAAAAUUAAAUUAUUAAAAAGAGCUUUAGAAUUUAUUCCUAAUAGUGUUGAUAUAUGGAAAGAAUUAGUUAGUUUGUCAAGUGAAUAAGAAGCAUUAAUUCUAUUAUAUAAAGCAGUUGAAUGCAUUCCUAAAAAUUUAUCACUUUGGUUAGCAUUAGCAAAAUUAGAAACUUAUGAAAAUGCAAAAGCCAUUUUAAAUAGAGCAAGAUAAAAUCUUCCUUAAGAACCAACUAUUUGGAUUAAUGCAGCAAAAUUAGAAGAAAGUGCUGGAAAAGAUAAAUAAACAAUUGCUAUUGUACUUUCUAAAGGUAUUAAGAUAUUAAAAAAAAACUAAGUAAAGAUUGUAAAAGAAGAUUGGCUUUAGGAAGCUGAAAUUGCAGAAAAAUGUUCUAACAUUAAUACUUGUUAUGCUAUUGUUAAAGCCAUAACUCUAGAAGAAGAAAAACAAUCUGAUAAUUCUUGGAAAUAAGAUUUUUCACAAUUUGAAUAAAGAGGAUCGUUACAUACUGCUAGAGCUAUUAUUGCAGUUGAAGCUGAAAGAUAAAAUAAUUAUGAAAUAUGGAAAGAAUAUAUUGAAUUUGAGAGAAGACACAAAGAAGAAGAUUCAUAAUAUUUUGAUUAAGCAUUAGAUUCAGCUGUGACUAACCUUCCUUAAAUUGAAUAAUUUUGGAUUGAAUUAAUUUUAAGAAAAUAAGAAUUACAAUCAAAUUAUCUAGAAGUUUUUGAAAAAUCUCCAAAAACAGAAAAUAUUUUAUUAACUCUAAGUAAAUUAGAAAAGUAAUAAGGUAAUUAUGAAAAAGCUAGUUAAUAUCUUUAAUAUAUUUAAGACAAUUUAGUACCUAGUGAUAAAACAUGGAUAAAAAUGUUUAAAUUAAUUCUCUUAAUGAAUAAAUAAAUUGAAUUUGCUGAAAAAAUAUUAUAAAAAUAUCCAUAAUCAGAUAAAUUAUGGAUUUUAUGUGGAUAAGCAAAAAUUAAUUAAAAAGACUAUUAAGGAGCAAGAUAGAUUUUUGAAGAAGCCAUUAAAACUUUAAAUAAUUCAUUAAAUGUAUGGUUAACUUAUAUCAAAAUGGAAUGUUAAUAAUAACUCUAUACUAGAGCACGACCUUUAAUUGAUAGAGCAAGAGAAAAGAAUCCUAAAAGUCCUUAACUUUGGGCAUAAGCUAUAAGAUUAGAAAUUGAUGCUAAGAAUCAUAAAGCAGCAUAAUUUUUAUUAAGCAAAGCCUUAUAAUGUUGUUAAUUAGAUGGAGAAUUAUGGUCAUUGGCUAUUGAAUUAGAACCAAAAACUACAAGAAAGAAGAAAUCUGCUGAUGCUGUUACAUUAUGUGUUGAUAAUCCAUAUGUUUAUCUUUCUACUGCUAAGGUAUUUUUAAAUGAGGGAAAAAUUGAAAAAGCUAAAAGGUGGUUAGAAAAAGCAUUAAUUUUAGAACCAAGAUUAGGAGAUGCUUGGGCUUAUUUAUAUUUGAUUGAAAAAGAAAUCUUACAAUAAUGUAUUUCAAGAAGACCUAAACAUGGUAGACUUUGGUAAUAAGCAAAGGAAACAUUAAAUUAAAAAUAUGAUAUCGAGAAAAUAUUGAUAGAGGCAAGUAAAUUAGCAUAAAAAGAUAUUGCAAAAUUAGAGUGA